AUGUUGAACUCUGUAUACAACCCUAGUGCACAAGAUAAUACACUGGAGCACAUUGCAAGUGCUUGGGGUUUCCAAGUCGUAGAUAUUCCAGGUGACGGUAAUUGCUGUUUCACAGCCGUAGCUUUUCAUCUUCAUCAACUUGUUUCCGAUAGUAGCAGUGAAUCCAGCACAACAAAUUAUUUAGAGUCUAUAGGAAUUAAUUGUGAGCAGACCAUACCAAGUUUGGCAAAUUUUCUUCGUAGACUAAUCGUCGAUGAGUGGACAGGACCGUUUAUAUCAGAAUACCAAGCUUUCAUGACUGAUGCUGCCAUUGAAGAUGACGCUCAGGAGUUCCUCACCGACGGUCAUUAUUCUACCAGUUUAGGUGACGCAAUGCCCUUAGCCAUGGCCAAUGUGUUACAACUCCCGAUAUUAAUAUUUGUACCGCAUAAUUUAGUUCCUUUCACAACGGUUUCCCCCCGUUACAAUGUUGACUGCAUGCCUCCUUUACUGUUGGCUUAUAGGAAUGACGGGCCAGGCCAUUAUGAUGCCCCGAUUCCCUCAAAACAUAGUCCUUCUGACAGCUGUACAAAUGAUGGCUCAAAAACGGUCGGCGAUACAAAUGACAAUACAGCAGAUAUUUCGUCCAACAAGAAUGUGAACCCUAACAAGAACGUUUUAAAACAUAACAAGAACGUUAAACCUAGAAAUUACUGUCGAUGUGGCAUAAAUAAAAAACGCGAAUCUAUGGAAAAAGUUUAA